AUGCUGCACGGUCAUUGUAAAAAUGGCGGCUCGUAACGUCGUUGGAAAAGGAAAAAACAACUUGAAAUGGUCCUUAGAUUUAACUUUAAAACCAAAGCAUAUGGCAAUAGAGAGGUCUCAUCAAAAUACAGAUCUAGCUGCUCCUGCAGGAUUUACUAAUAAACAAUUGACAAAUACGGAUGCUCACGAAAUCGACACUAAUUUAGUAACCAAGAAAUCUUGGGACAUUGCAAUUGGUCCACUGAAACAGAUACCAAUGACUUUGUUUAUCAUGUACAUGGCAGGCAAUACAAUCUCUCUUUUUCCCAUUAUGAUGGUGGGAAUGAUGUUCUUAAAACCUGUCAAAGCUUUAAUUUCUAUAUCAUCAGCAUUUGUGACAUUGGAAGGUGAUCAGUCGUUUCUCAUGAAGAUUAUUUAUUUACUGGGAAACAUUGCUCUUCUUUUAUUGGCUCUUUACAAAUGUCAGUCAAUGGGACUUUUACCAACAUCACCGUCAGAUUGGAUUGAAUUUGUGGAACAUAAAGAGAGACUUGAAUACUCCGGUGGUGGUAUGACUCUUGCUUAACAAACUUUGUAAAUUUUCAUCGUUUCAUGUUUCCUUGAAGAAAACAUGAGUUAAACUUUUCCAAUAGUUGAAAAAUGUACAUAAAUUGAAAAUUUUGGGAAAAUUAAAUAAUUAUUUAAUCCAAGAGAUUUAUUUUGAUAGAUGAUGAUGUAUUCCUAAUGGAGGAUGAUGUAUGCCUAAUGGAUGAUUAUGUAUACUUAAUGAAUGAUUAUGUAUAACUAAUGGAUAAUGAUGUAUACCUAAUGGAUGAUUAUGUAUACCUAAUGGAUGAUGUUUUACCUUUUAAUUUCUUCUUUUUGUUAUCAGACUUUCGAAAAGACUAGAAAAUAAUAUAAUAACAGUUACAAUAUUAAUUGUAGAUAUAGUUACAACAAUUUACUCUGGUUCUUUAAAAAAUGAUAAACAAUCAAAGAGUAAUUCUAACCCGUGA